UGCGAGGUCGCGGCUGCUUGGAGGUGUGCGGCGGGCGGGCGGGCGGGCGGCUGCGUGCUCCCACCCCGCUGUACAGGCGCCCGCCUGUCACCAGUGAGCAGCCACAGUGGACGCUGUCUCCGGAGCAGCUGCCACCUCCAGAGCAUAGGCUGUUUCUGCAUUUUUUUUGCCUGUUUUUUUUUUUUCCACACCCCCCCCCGCCCAGAGCUGGAAGUGGGAUCAGCGUACCUGAAACUGCUAUGCCCACGGAAAUCUGCCGAGCGGUGGGAAUGCACACCAUCUCGGACUUCCACUCCUCGCUGACAGUGCGGCUGCUCAGCAAGGGGCCGGAGUACCUCCGGCGGCAGCUGGAGGCAGGCACCCCAGGCAGGAAAAGCGCCGUGGAGCGGCUGGCGGCUGAUAAGGCCAAGUAUGUGAAAAGCCAGCAGGUAAUCAGCACCAAGCAGGAGCCCGUCAUCGCGCUCAGCUCUGCGUCGGAGAGCAGCGCCGAGAGCUGCUCCGUGGAGAGCAAGAAAGCCGGGCGGGCGGGCGGCGGAGGGAUGGGCCCCCCGGGGCUGGAGCCGGUGGGGGCGGCGGGCGCCCGCUGUGCCCCGCUGCCCCACGGCCCCCCCACAGCCCGGCGCGGCCCCCCCAGGAGGCAGAUGCGGCCCGAUUCCCUGGUGAUUUACCGCCAGAAAUGUGAGUUUGUGCGAGGUCAAAGCCAGGACAGCCCGCGAGGGAGCCUGGUGCGGAGGCUGCUCCCAGGGACCCUAAAGGACAAGCAAUUAGCCUCCCCCGAGAUGCCCAGGGUAAUUAUGGAGGUCGCCAGCAGCGCAGAGAGCAAAAAGCCCAUCCCUGCAGGAUGCGAUGACCGCAAGCCGAGUGGCCCCGGAGUGGAGCGAACCGUCCCCUCGACCGUGGGAGCCCCGGGCGAACACAGGCAGGAGCGCCAGAGCUCCCCAAAGCUGCUCCCCGCUCCGGAGGAGGCCAGGGAGGUGAAGCGGAGAGGCCUCCAUCGCUCCCAGUCGGACAUCAGCUCUCGCUACUCCAAGUCCUUCUCAGAGUUCGAUACCUUCUUCAAGUACUGCGGCCUUGACGCAGAGGUUGUCGAGGCUCUCGGCAGGGAGAACUUCUCUGCAGCUUCUGACAACAUCUCCUUCAAGGUUCGCAGCAUCAGCGUGGCGACGUCCGAAAGCGACUUCACGAGGCACAGCGGGGACGACGGCCUGCUGGAGGAUGAGCUGACGGAGCAGGUCCCCAGCAGCACCUCCGUCAUCGAGCGCAACGCACGGAUAAUCAAAUGGCUGUAUACCUGCAAGAAAGCCAAGGAGGCCAACACGGUGCUCCAGGAGCUGGCGUGAUGGCGCUGCAGCCCCCUAAACUCAAGGAUCCCCAACUUGGAAGAUGAACAAUACCAGACACAGGAAGAAACUCUUCCCUCUUCUGGCUCAUGACUACUUCGUCCAAGUUUAACAUUUUCUUAUUGCCUCCUUCCCUCUCCCCUGUCCCCAGGCAGCCUCACUCUUUGCCACAAGCACAGGGAUGUUCAAGAGCACAACAACAAGCGGAGGUUGGGAACGGUGCAGGACAGCAGGAAAUGAAAGUUCACGGAAAAGCGAAGCAUGGCUGCAGCUACAAUAGACAGUAACAUUCAGCAGCAGAUCACCGCCCCAGAUGUCACGUGGGGACGUGACAGAAGGUUUGCGUUGCACACCUAUCUCUUUCCCGCGAUGCAUUUCUCAGCAGUGAUGGGAGGAGAAAGUGGGAAUGAGGUGGCAAUGACCCCUGGGUCAGGCGUUUCCUUGCAGGCAGACAGGCUCCACCCGGCCGCUCAAAGGCGCUGUCUUUCCAGGGCUGUUUAAACAUGGCUCAGCCUGACAUCAUUAGAUGUUAUUUGCCUGGCUGGUCAGGGCUAAUGUGGCAGCUUUAUCUGGGAUACUUGGCAAGCAUGCUGUAAGCUAAAUCCCUGCCAAGCCUCUGUUUCUCUAAGAGUGUCCAAGCCAAAUUAGAGUACCUUGUACCCAUCUAAUCUACUUGGUUACACAGCUUGCUUAGCCAGUGGGAAGGCACAGAAUUAAAAACCCUGCCCAAAAUUUGUUCAGGAGCACAGUUCCAAGAAACAGGUAGGCCAAAAUUAGAGAGGAUUUUGUAUGCAUAUUAGAUUGCUCCAGAAUAGUAGAAUUUACAUUUACACAGACUCCUUGAUUUGGUUUGCAACGUGUCUCUGAUGCUGCCAGAGUGGGUUUUAUUUCAGUAUUUGGAAGCCUGUGAUUUAACACCUGUAUUUUUUUGCAGCAAGAGUAAUGGGCUUACAGAAUUGUAUUAGCAAAUCGCAUCCCAGGCAAUGUAAGGUUGUGCUUCCCUAGCGUGGGUCUGGAACAGCAUUAUGCUCUCUGCGUUGCAAGCAAGAAGGCAUGCUAGGGCACAGGCAAAACCAUGCCAGAAAGAAGUCUGGAUGGGGUAAGACUUCAAGGAUAGACAGCAACUUAGUCAAUAUCAUCAAUAAAAUAGUAAUACUUCAUUUGAAAUGGGCAAGCUAAACAUAUUUUAAAAGCUGACUAAAAGUACUUUGGAUCAUCAGUGUAUAGUGAAUUACUUGCAGAAUUUGCUGGCUAUGCCUCAGAUAUUUACCCCAGUCAGCCAUUACUUACUAAAAACUGCCUUACACCAAAGUAUUUGUUUGCAAAUAUUAUAAAGCACAGAAAGAAAUCAAACAGAAAGCCAAAUCUGUGAUAGCCGUCCUGAAGUCAAAGGAGUAACAAUGACUAGAAUUUAGAGUGCUGCAGAGGUGAAUAGUUUACUUUGUGUUGCCAUGGAUAUAGUGUCCUGUUUGCAGCACUGGACUUUACCUGGCUGUCAGACCUGUACUGUAACGAGUCCAGAAAAAUGAGAUUUCAUUCUCCACAUUCCACUAGAGUUAUACACAGCCAACGCAAAGCUAAUAGUGCUUGCCAUGUUCUGACCGGAAACAGCUGCCAGCACAUCACGGUUGAAGCAUAGAUAAAAUAAGCACUAGAGGUGCGUUUUUAAGUGUGUGUUAGUCUUGGUAAAAAAGUCUGUGAAAGUUAGAAGGGCAGGAGUGAACCAUAACAAUUCUAUAAAACAUUCAUCAUAGGAAGAACAGUUUCCUAUUUUAAAUUCUACAAACUUUGUGCACUGACAGACUUGCCCUUUAAGUGCUUAUCUAAUGUUUUAGUUGACAUCAGUUAAAUUCACAGCAAGGUUGCGUGGCUGAAUUUACAUAUGUCUUCAAUGUGCUUUUCAGUCACUGGAUAGUUAGUUCUCAAUUACAGCAACUGUUGGAGAAUGCGGGGCAUUUUCUUUAUUGUUUUAGUGUUAUAUGCAAGUCUGUUAUAUGCAAGUCAUGUCUGAAGUUGUCUAGAUAGAUGGAUAACACUUCCAGAUAAAAUAAUUGUUGUGCCUGCUUUACACUUAGCAGAAAACUAAAUAGUUUGCAUUGCUGAGCUUCUGCAAACUUAGAGGGAAGCUAGUACAUGGGGAUAUUUUUGUUAAAUUAAUUUCCAUUUAUUAUUAUUCAUUAUUGUUAAAGAAUGGUUCUUGGAAAACUGCAUCUCAAGACGCUGCUAAUAGGAUACGAUUUAUGCACUUAAGGUGCAGUUUUUAAGGAACACAGUCUAGAUUUAUUAGUCAGGAACAUAACCUGCUGUAUCUGUUCUUUUCGUGCUCAUUUUGCAAGAUACUGUACCAUAUAAUUUAUAUGCUUUUGUCAAAAGCUAACAACUUCUUUUCCUUGAAAAUACAUAUGAAUGACUGUAGACAGCUUGGAGUUCAGGAAAAAUCUUUUGCCUUACAAAUCAGUGCCCCACCACAGUAGAAGAGAAUUGUUUUGCUUUGUUUCCAGGGAAGAUUUUUAGUUUCAUUUUCAGCUUCCAUUUGUUUCUUGUUUUUCCUGUCAGAAGUUCUAGAAAGUUAAUAUGAUAGUGCUAGGAAGCAAAGGGAAGAUGCAUUGGUAGCGGGUUUUAAAUGGUAGAAAGGAAGGUAUAUAAUUUGUCUGAAAAUACACAUCAUCAGCCUUGUUCAAGAUCAGGGAAAAUUUUUUGAUAGAGGUUAGUGAAAUCAGAAUUGGCCUUGUUCUGAUUUUUUUAAUCCCACUUUCUAAUUUUAUGAACUGUUUAAUGGUGCUGUGGUGACUUUUCACACUGAUAGGUGGCAAAAUUUACCUGUCUUUGUUCAAACUUUGAUAGGAACUCCAAACUCUCCAAGGUAUUUUUUACUUCAGAGAAGAUACGGACCUCUCUGAGAUCCUUCCCUGAUAAGCUGUACAUUCCCUUUAUUUAAAAAUCUCCUGGAUAAGCUAAUAGCCUACCUUUCCCAGUAUACCAGGAAGACAGUAGCUGACAAUCCUUCUUUCUCCAUAAAUCUUGGGAAUGGAUAUCUUCAGUGCUUAUUCCAAAGCAGUGGAAGCACUAUACUUCACUCAGGUCCUGUUACUAUUGCAUAUAAUGUCUUUUCCUUCCUCUUUUGGGGUGUUUCAGUCAUAGCCCUCAAAAUGAGACAAAAAUGUAAAUGUUAUCCGUUAUUUAUCAAUUACCAUUUUUUUUUCUAUUUCAUUAUAAAAGACGUGAUUUGGAAGCUUUUGUGAAGCUGAAGUAAAGUGGGCUGUUGUGGAAUGAACAAAAGCUUUGCCAAUUGAGUUGGGAUCAGUCUUCUUGGAAAACUUAAAUCAGGGCUGAGGGUGAAGACAAGUCAUAAACUGAACGAUUUUGUUUAACCAGAACUGUGUAAACUUAAAUAGUCAGAUGGAGUGCAAAUGUGCAGUGCUAACUGCUAUUUAUACCCCAGUGUUUCAAAGUGCACUAUUACUGUGACAAGGGACAAGGUCCAUGACUGUAGCACAACAGAUGAAAGAUACAGACUCUGGUUUUUAUGGCCUAGAAGCUACUAUCUGCAAUAAAGGCAUUCGAUAGAGACUGUCAUUCUUGUAAUAUAUUGUAAAUAUUAAUAUACAGGACUCUAAGUAACAAGUACAGAUUGUUUUUUAAAAUGUGUACUAAUGUUUUAAGGCAUAUAAGUCCUCAUGCUUUGUGAAAUCAGCCGAACAUCAUAUUGAUGGGGAUUAAACAGAAACUUUCUCCUGGGAGCAGCUCGUCCUGUCAUUGCCCACUGUGAGGGUUUUUUUGCAUCUUCUUUUGAACGCUGUGAAGUCGAGUACUUGUCAGAUCUGGUAUGGAAGUUUCUAAGUUGCUAUGUUUAUAUUCAUACAAAAGAACCUGUAUAUUAUUGAAUGCAUAUAAAUAAAAAUGCAACACUGAAAGUUAA